GUGUGUUUGUGUGUGUUUUUGUGGGGAGGGCGUUUGGAAGGAAGGUUACCAGGAGCCCCGUGGCCGCUGGGGAGCAAGGGUCCCGGUGACGAAGAUAGGGGUAGUUUCUCUGUCUUCCACUUGGAAGCUCCCCUCCCCACCCCCACUUCAGCCACUCUAGAUACAUCUUGGGGCCCCGUCGAGGGUCGUACCCGUCCAAAGCGUCCUUAUCCCUUUUUGGGGAGUGAAACCCAACCCCUGGGAUCGUCCCAGACGAACGUGAGCGGGGAAUGCCCCAGCCAACCCGGCCGCCCGAAUUCCGCGCCGGAGCAGCCCCCGGCCUCAGUCCGGAGAGAAAUCUGCCUGUCGGCCUGGGCUGAGGGGAACGGCGGCCGUGACCUGGGCCACGGGUGAGGGCGGAAUAACCGGUGGGAAGGCUGCGUUUUCACGAAGGACUCGGGUGAAGCUGCAGAGCUGCCUUUGAGCCCUGACUCCUUGGCUUCCUGGGUCGGAGGAGAUCUUGUAAUGGAAUGGUUCUUCGUCUCACACUAACAAGAUGCCUGAUUUCCUCAGGAUCGAGGGGUUGAAGAAUGUCCCGAGUUCCUUUGGGGAAGGUCCUCCUGAGAAAUGUCAUCCGGCACACAGAUGCUCACAAUAAGAUACAAGAGGAAUCAGAUAUGUGGAAAAUAAGAGAACUGGAGAAACAGAUGGAUGAUGCUUACCGGGGGACCAAAAGGAGAAGGUUACCCAGCAGUUCAAGCCGGAUGCGCAGUGAUGGUUUUGAUGAAGAAAGUCAAAGAGACUACUGGAGGCCAAAGAAUGAAAUUUGUGGAGCACUGGAUGAUGGUUUUCUUAAGGCUAAAUCCUGGAACAAGAAGUUAUAUGAUUAUGAAGCUAACAUGCCAGACAGAUGGGGCCACAGUGGAUAUAAAGAGUUAUACCCUGAAGAAUUUGAAACAGACAGUAGUGAUCAGCAAGAUAUUACCAAUGGGAAAAAAACAUCUCCCCAGGUAAAAUCAUCUACCCAUGAAUCUCACAAACACAAGAAGUCAAAGAAGUCCCACAAAAAAAAGCAGAAAAAGAAGUCACACAAAAAACAGAAGAAGAGCAAAAAGGAAGCCACAGAUAUAACAGCAGAUUCCUCAAGCGAGUUCUCAGAAGAAACUGGGGCUUCUAGUACCAGGAAAAGGAAGCAACCACACAAACGCAAGAAAAAAUCCAGGAAAAAGUCUCUCAAGAAAUCUCCUUUAUUAGAGGCAGAGAGUGACACUUCCCCAUCAGAUGAUUCUGCAUCCAGCAGUUCUGAGGAAAGUGAGGAAAGAGACACUAAGAAAACCAAAAGGAAAAAGAGAGAGAAAAAAGCCGACAUCCCUGUAGUUAACAAUGAAAUACAGGAGAGGACAAACAAACGCACAAAUUGGAAAGUGGCUACAGAUGAAAGGUCUGCUGAGAGUUCAGAGGAUGACUAAAUGAGAAAGCAGCAUUCUUGUUUUCUGCAUGACUGGAUAUUUACAGUUCUUACACCUUGGGGUUUGCCAGUGAUGCUACUGCUCGGCACAGGGCCUGAGGUUAGAGCUGUCCUGUGCCAUCUAUAUAUGUUCUGACAGACGUCUUGUCUAGUUUGGCCUGUUAAACUUGAUCCUCUUACUGUUAAUAGGGAAUCCGUUAUUUUGUUAAGAAGGUUUCUUGAAGAGAUUAUUUUUUGUGAUUAAUCACAUUUAGGGUAGAGUGCAUAUGCGGCAAAUUAAAGGACCCAGAAAGUUGAAUCCAGUAAAGACCUGGGUAUACCAGUCACAGUGUUGAAUUUGGGGAAAGCAAGGGCUGGGGUCAAGAGAUGGAUUGAGCUAGUGCUAUGUAGAAUGGUAUGAUGAGGAAGUAUCGUGUUGCUCUUGUUUAUUAUAUAAUAGGUGCCACAAUUUGACUUUGUCUUUAGCUUUGGUGCUUUGAUCUUUUCUGUAUUUUGGCCCCACAGAUGUGGUCCAGUUUACUUAAGGAAAUGAGCAUAAGAACAAACAUUUUAAAGUCAUGGUAACAUCCUUAGACAGCUGUUAUUGGUAGAAACUAGGGGUUUUUGUCAAAUUUCCCUGCUGGACAGGGUCUGUGGCUAUACUCAGUAUACCCCUAAACAUGGGUGAUUGGAUAGUAAAAGGUUUUCCAGUUCCACUGUUUAUUGCCUAAAUGCACUUGUAUUCAAAAUUAUUUCUUGGGUAAGUCCUUAACCAAAUGAAGAAUUAGGCAUCAGUCAUGCUAUCUCAUUGUGCACUGAAAAGGAUUCAGGGCAGCAACAGCCAUUUAAAUGUUGUCUUCCUUGUUCAUUUUUUAGUUAGUGAACUUGUAGAUUUCCCUUGAAACUAGGUUGAAUCGAUUCCAAAAUGAAAUAGGCUUCUCAGGGACAUAUCCAUUUCUUCCUAGUCUGCCUUUGGAUUACAGCACCAAGCAAAGAUCUUGUUAUUUCCCUGUGCUAUAAUAUGGUGAUCCUACUAGGUUAAUUCUUAAGAAACCAAACUCGUUGGAAGAAGGCUGGCAGAACACAAGUGAGUUUUAUUUACUAUGGCAGAACAAGUGACAUUGUUUUUUCCUCCUGGCUGUCACUUCAUGGGCUGAGUAAAAAUCUUGAAAGCUCAGACUUUUGGUCUUGGUUCUGCCAUUAGUUGGUUACGAGGUUUGGAGCAGGUAAGUCAACCUCCCUGGCCUUAACUUUCCCCGUGUGUAAUACAGAAAUACUUCAUGGUAGCCUGACAGUGGAUGACACCAGCAAUAGCCUAUGACACAUUCCAUGAGGUGGUAAUAUUUUGUAGCUCUGAAGUAUUAAAUUGUUCUCUUUACAGAGCAGAUUUCUAAUAAAAUGCUUAGUCAUAAACAGUUGGCCGGAGGUUCCCUAGCCCUUGACUCUAAGCAGGUGCUACCUUUUGGGAUAUUUAUUUGAAAUAUUAGUACUUUGGUACUCAGUUGCAGAUGUUCCAUGGUGCAUAUUUUUAACAUUGAGAUUAAGGGCCCAAGUAGGGAAGAACAGUCUAUAAUUACUACCUCUUAACCUAAAGCAAUUGUUUUCUUCUUGGAGCAAGUGAAAUCUUUGUGGGAAGGAGUUUUCAGCUCCUGGGUUUUUUUUUUAGCAUUGUUUCUGUGCUCUAAAAGUUUUGAUUCUAAGCACAGACUCAGGAAGAUGGGCCAGUGGAACCAGGCUUCUCCAGGAAGUUGAUUCUGUUUGGGUCUUGACUUCCUCUUCGUCUCAUACUAGCAGGCCUCUUUCCCAGUGAACACACAUCUUGCCUGUUUCGCUUUUUGCCAUGUUUACCUUUUCUUGGUCAUGUAUAAGCAAUAAAGCUGUUUUCUGUUCUUCACCUUUCUCAACCCCAAAUUCUCUCUGAUGCCUUAGGCUAAGGCUUUUGAUGGUUCUUCCCACCCCCUUAAAUAUGGCUUAGGAUGGCUCUUCAAAACCUAAGAUCUCUCAUUUGCACUACUAAUGGCCUUGGAACAUACUUAUUUCUAAUGUUCCUACCAAUCAGAGAUCUAUAUAUUAAAUCCUAAAAUGGGAUUUAAAAAAGAGAGUUGGAGAAUUCACAUUUAUUGAAUAAACUGUUGUGAUACAAGAUGGAAUUUCUUAAUUCCCAAUAAAUAAAAUUUCACUUUUUGAA